CAAGUAGUUACUAGCAGAGGGUUGGUCGUGUUGUGUCAGUCUAACUCAAUCCCUCCGUGAAGAAACACUCACGCUUCCUGCCACACCGCUCAAAUACGUUAAAUCAAUUUAUUCUGCGCUCAAUCAUAAUAUAAACCAAACGCGCGUUUUGAAGUUUUCAACCUUGCUUCACAAGUUGACCCCUCCGCGCAUAGGUCUCCAUGCAAGCAAGGAAUUAAAGUAGAGAACUGUGUGACGUCACAUCAAGAUAUAGUAAACCCUUCAGGGUGUUAAAGUACGAAGUACAGAGGAUGGGAGAUAGACUUGUGAGGGAUAGACUACCGGAAUUAAGUUUUCAAGUUGGCGGCCAUAGAACUAUGAAGGUUUACAGAGACAAUUAUGUUUGUAAACCCCUGGAUAGAAGAGAAGAAAAGUUUUAUUCAACAUUCCCUAAAAUAUUAGAACCGUUUAUUCCUAAGUUUGCUGGAGUUCUAACAGUUGGAAG